AUGUCUGCCUGUGCCCACGCGUACCUCUCCGACACGUGGAACCGUGACAAGGUCAUGGCCAUUGUGCAGUUCCUUCCGAUGGCGCUGGAGGGCCCUGUACGAAAUGCCGGUUGUGAUUCCCUUGCCGCGUCCCUGGGCAACCUGUCAAAGAUGGCGGACGCGUACCGUGCGGUCACCCGUUUGUCGCUGGUGCUAAACGCGCUUUCGUCCAAGACGUUGGCGGAUUUGGCGAAGCCACGGGAAGAUGCCUUUGUUUGGCGCCUCGAGCAGGUUUCACACGCGUUCCACGUUGGCUUCUGCUUCAACGAGCACACGGCGGUGCUUGCGGGGCGCGGCGUGUUUAAGUCUGGGCUGGCGCGCCUGGGUGGUGUGGCUGUGCUUUGCUGGUUCUACACGCUUGUCCUGGGUUUGGUCCGGCAGGUGUACCUGCUGGCGAAGCACAGCCCCAAGGGUCCCUGCAAGGUGCUCGUGCCGGGGGACGAGGCGGCGAAGGUUGUCCCGUACACGCACGAGGAGUGCAAGCGCGCCGUGGUGAAUCUGGUGAAGUUGAGCUUCUUUACCGCGUUUUCACUGACGUGUAUGCCCGAGGGCAAGCCACAGCUGCUGCAAGACGUGUGCGGUCCCUUGAUGCCCCUGCACCAGCUCAUCAGGGCGCUUGCACCCAACAAACUGAACCUGAGCGACACCGCGCGUGGUCUGUUGGCCCUCACCGCAUCACUGUGCGAUUUCUAUUAG